AAACAAACAUGGCUGCGCCCAUAAGCUAUUUGUAAACGGGGCAUGUCCUCAUUCUUGAGGUCACAAGACCACAAUCAGCUGUUCCUGAAGACAAUUGAAACUAGCGUCAGAAUUGAGAAGUAUGCCCUCCAAGUCUUCCCAUGGGUUGCUGUAUCAGUACAGGAACUGCAGACUUCUGAGGAACCACACCAUUUACAAGGAUGAUUUGUGGGUCCGAGAUGGGAAGAUUGUGAACCCGGAGAUUCUCUUCUUUGAGGAAAAAUCCUAUGCUGACGUUCAGAUUGACUGUAAUGGGGCUAUCAUCUGUGCAGGGUUCAUCGAGACACAAAUCAAUGGUGCAUUUGGUGUUGACUUCUCUCAAGUCCCUGGUGAAGGAACCAUAGAAGAAGGUGUACUCAAAGUAGCCAAAGGCCUUCUGGCUCACGGAGUGACUUCAUUUUGCCCCACAGUGAUUACCUCCCCUCCAAGUACAUACCACAAGAUUCUACCCCACAUCAAGAAGUGCCCUGGCAGCAAAGCAGGAGCUGGGGUUUUAGGUUCCCAUGUGGAGGGGCCGUUCAUCAGUCAAGAGAAGAAAGGAGCUCACCCUUCUGAACAUAUCCGCAACUUUGACGACGGAUUCAAAGAUGUCGUGGAAACAUAUGGCUCAAUUAGUGAUGUUGCCAUAGUUACAUUGGCGCCAGAGCUGAACAAUUCUAAAACAGUGAUAGAGGAGUUCAUCAAAAGAGGUGUUGUAGUCAGCCUAGGUCACUCACAGGGCAAUCUGGUGCAGGGCGAGGAAGCUGUGAGGCAGGGAGCUGGUUACAUCACCCAUCUUUUCAAUGCCAUGCUGCCGUUCCACCACCGUGACCCUCACCUUGUGGGUCUCCUUGCCAGCGAGAGGCUACCCAAGGAGAGGACGAUAUAUUACGGCCUCAUCUCUGACGGCAUCCAUACUCAUCCUGCGGCGCUCCGUAUAGCGCACAGAGUACAUCCUCAAGGGUUAGUGCUGGUGACUGAUGCAAUCCAGGCGAUGGGUCUUCCGGAGGGCUUCUACGUCUUCGGGGAGCAGGAGAUUGAAAUCAAGGGAAAGAGAGCAGUGUUGGCUGGGACUGAUACACUGUGUGGAAGUAUUUCCACCCUGGAUAACUGUGUGAGACACUUCGCCAAAUCUACAAAUUGUGGCCAGGUCCUGGCUCUGGAAGCUGCCUCUCUCCACCCUGCGAAGAUGAUGGGGAUUACAGCACAGAAAGGCACGCUUGAGUUCGACACGGACGCUGACUUUAUUCUCAUCAACGACAACCUUGAACCCUUGGCCACGUACGUUGCAGGAGAACUGGUGUGGGAGAGCCCUGCUGCACCGUCCCGGGUCGUCUGCAAAGUCAAGGAAUGACCUUGUCAAGCCACUGGAUUAUAGCAUUCAUAUUUCUCCACACUUGUAUUUCGCAGAAAUGUGUUGACAUUUGAAAAUUGGCCUCCAUAUCUUAUCUCUGGUGAUGUGAGACAUCUUAUGGCAAGGUUUUUUCCAUUUUGGGGGCAAGAUUGAUGCAAGAAGGAACAUUAUUUUACAUGUGUGAACACUGUGAAAAAAAGAGGAAGCAGGUAAAUCUAUGGUAUUAGGUGCGUGUUCACUUGAAGUCUGUCAGAUGUCUGUCUUUGUGUGACAUGCUUGAUGAAAGUUGUUUAUAUCUUUAUAUUGCCCUUUGUGUUUGGAUGGUGUAAUUCAUAUCAUGUAGUCAAUAUAUUGCAGAAAGUGCUUUUCAGUUCAAUUACAUGGUAUACAGAUUUGAUGUCAAAACCCUUUUGUCAUGUGGUUUUCUCAAGACCCUUUUGUCAUGUUGUUUUCCAAAAACCCUUUUGUCAUGUUGUUUUCUCAAAACCCUUUUGUCAUGUUGUUUUCCAAAAAUCCUUUUGUCAUGUGGUUUUCCCAAAACCCUUUGUCAUGUGGUUUUCCCAAAACCCUUUUGUCAUGUGGUUUAUCCAAAACCUUUUUGUCAUGGGGUUUUCCCAAAACCCUUUAGUCAUGGGGUUUUCCCAAAACCCUUUUGUCAUGUGGUUUUCCCAAAACCCUUUUGUCAUGUCGUUUUCCCAAAACCCUUUGUCAUGUGGAUUUCCCAAAACCUUUUUGUCAUGGGGUUUUCCCAAAACCCUUUAGUCCUGGGGUUUUCCCAAAACCCUUUUGUCCUGGGGUUUUCCCAAAACCCUUUUGUCAUGUGGUUUUCCCAAAACCCUUUUGUCAUGUUGUUUUCCCAAAACCCUUUUGUCAUGGGGUUUUCCCAAAACCCUUUGUCAUAUGGUUUUCUCAAAACCCUUUUGUCGUGUGGUAUUCUCAAAACCCCUUUGUCAUGUGGCUUUCCCAAAACCCUUUUGUCAUGAGGUUUUCUCAAGACCCUUUUGUCAUGUGGUUUUAUGAAUUGGAUUGUGUGUCAGGACAAUAUUUUCACUGCAGGAAGAGAAUAGUCUUCUCAAGAUGCUACAUUUAUUCCACAUUUAUCAACAUGUAAACAAGACAUGCCUAAGUAUGACACAGAUGAUAUAUGAGUGCCUAUUGGCACCAGAAAUACUCCACAGUUCUAUAUAUCUUUUCAUGCUCAAUUACUUUUCAGAUUUAUACAAUUUUAUCUAUAACAUGUUCUUGAUAAUGUUUGUGCAUCAUUUCUAAGGUAAAAUGUUGUACUUAACAGUAAUCAUAAUCAUAAUAAUCAUAAUUAUUUGGUAAACCUUUGUGAACAUAGUGCAAACUGACAUAUAACCAUUAAUUAUUAGGGUGCAAAAUUAAUGUUAAUGCAACAAUUAAAUUAAUUACAACAAAAAUAUUAAAUUAAAACUUUGUAGUAAAACAACCCAGCUUAUGUCAAUAUCACAAAUAUUGUGUAUGUCCCCAAUGACUUUAAGGCAAUGGAUCCCUUUUGUAUGAAGGUAUGUAGUGUAGCAUUUAAGCAAGCCGGAAGGUCGUAUCUAUGUACCCGGGUACCCAUGCAGAGUAGUGAUAGAGAAUCGUAGGAUCCUGGUGUCCAAUCACAGAGGGGCAGUUGGGUAGCCUAGGGGUUAAAGCGUUCGCUCGUCAAGCCAAAGACCCGGGUUCGAUUCCUGACAUGGGUACAAUGUGUGAAGCCCAUUUCUGGUGUCCCCCGCCGUGAUAUUGCUGGAAUAUUGCUAAAAGUGGCGUAAAACCAUACUCACUCACUCACUCACUCACUCACUCCCUCGCUCGAUAACUCACUCACUCACUCACUCCAUCACUCACUCACUCCAUCACUCCAAUCCAAUCCCAGAAGCCCAAAAACUAUGACCAACUUUACCGGCUCCACCCAUGUGCUUAUGGAUUUCCCUGAAGUGGUAAACAUCUGAGACCUGCAUCACUUUCCUUCAACUUAAAGGCCUUUUCACUUAGCCAUAUUAAACAGAGUUAUUAUCAGUGUACAGAUACUUGAAGGGCUCGACUUGUUUCUCUGGAACUUCCAUGUUAGCUAUUCUAGAUAUCAUAUGGUAUAGGGAUUGUGAUGAUGCGUUGAGGUGAGGUGAAAUGGGUUUCAAUACUGCAUUAAAGUUUAUUACACCUAUGUAGCACGUGUGUGGUUACUAGUACUACUCCAGAUCGAUUUAUACGCGUAUCUAAAUACAUUAUGUCCAGGGCUACAGUCAAACUAUUCCCAAUCGGACAUUGGGUACCUGGGUAGGGUCGCGUAAUAGGUGGGCGGGUACCCGGGUAGUAAAUUUGGACUUGUCCCAGCCCUACUGAGAUCCCAUGCCACACUUUAACACUGAUACAGUAUACUGACUCCGAGGCUGCCAGUCCUUGUUUUAGCCCCUAAUGCCGACUGUCAGGAUGCAUUGUUUGAAAUAAGCUGUUAUCUGUUUUAUAUAUUUUAGUUCAAUGCACACCACCAGCCAAACAAUUAACAUUCAAUAUGUGUGAAUAUGUUGUGCCAAAAGUCUAGAUUUUGUUCUUUUUAUUAUUUAUAAAUACUAUUUUCUCUUUGACUUGGGAAUAUUUUCCAUCCAAUUUGUACCAAAUAUAAUUAUGUUCAGUUUCUACACUGAUCUGAUUAUAAAUGUGGAAAUGUUUAUGAUAUUUCAUCCAAUCUCAUUAAAAUCAGAUCUUAGUUCUUGCUACCGCUAAACAAAGAUCUGAGGACAUCCCAUUACAGGUCACGUCAGACCAACCUUUCGCGAUCUUUGACCGACCAAUGGAAUGACUAACAAGAAGUCGACAAUAGCCAAUCAGAAGGCAACUUAAUCGACUUUUAUGGCACGAGUUUCAAACCUCAGACUGUCAAAAUAGAUGGUCUAUAUUGUAUGAAUACAGUCAUAAAGCCCAUAAUAGUCGUUCGGAAUACACUGUGUUUUUGUUUUUUUGAGGUUGCACUAUCAAAAGUCACAUUCCAACUGUCACAUUCAUGAUCUGAUAAGCGAUGCUCUGAUUGGUCAGUUGAAAGGUCUUUCUGACAUGACCUGCAGUGGGAUGUCCUCAGAUCUUUGUUUAGCGGUAGUGAAAACUAAGAUCUGAUUUUAAUGAGAUUGUAUUUCAUCUCAAGUUUCAAAUUAUGCGUUGUUAUUUAGAAUUAUUUUCCUUAACAGGUCUGUCCUAAACAAACUGAUGAUCUUAAUGCUAUAUAGAUAAAGCAUGUGUCCAGAUUGCUACCUCAGACUGUCAAAAUGUUUAUUGUUUAACUUACUUCAUUUGGUUCAGAAAUCUGUGUAUCAGAACAUUGCUUAGACAUUCUUGGCAUAAUAGUAACUUGAUUCAAUUCAUAUUUUAAGAAUAUGAAUUAUUUCUAAUACUGGUUGUUUUGUGUUAAAAUUAUAUUUGAAGGUGAUGAUUAUUUUUUGCAUCACUUUAAAGUUUGAUUAUAUAUAAUUCUCUAUUUGAUAACUUAUGUUGAUUUAUUUGAUAAAUUGCCAAAGGUUGUUACAAACAGAUGUGACCCUUGAAGAUCUGGGUCAGAAUAGGUCUUCAGCAACCCAUGCUUGCUGACUAACAGGAUCGGGUGGUCAGGCUCGCUGACUUGGUUGAUGCAUGUCAUCGAUCCCAAUUGCGUGGAUCAAUGCUUAUGAUGUCAAUCACUGGAUUGUCUGGUCCAGACUCAAUUAUUUACAGACCGCCAUCAUAUAGCUGGAAUAUUGCUGAGUGCGGCAUAAAACAACAAUCAACUACAAACAGAUGUAUGUAUUAUCAUCUUUUCAGAAUUCAGAUUUAUAUCAUUCCUAAGUAACCUGUCGUCCCGAUAAACAAGUAUGCAAAUUGUUUGAAUAAGAUAUUAUCAACAUGAAAGUGAAUUCCAUCCCCCUCUCUAUCACAGAAUCUUGGUGGGUUCACUUACACCCUGGGUGCAUUCCCCUGCACCCUGGGUGGAUUCACUUGCAUUCCAGGUGCAUUCACCAACACUUAUUUCAUGUUCCCAUGUGUGUUUAGCUUUAAGAAGUUCUGCAAUAUUAAUUUAUUCAUUGAUUUGAACAUAUUGAUUUACAUAUGGUAUUUUAUAUCUUUCAUGCAUAUAAUUGUUGUUGUAGUUUGACCAUGUUCACAUUCAUCAUGCUUCCGCCCUGUCAGCAACAAACUGUUUGUAGCCAGCUGCUUUUGUGCGCGUUCUUGCCAUGCCUAGUUUUCAAUGAUAUUGAAACAUUAGUUUCGUUUCAAAGCACAAAUAUGUUCUGUACAAUCUGUGGUGUUGGAAAACAAUAAUUAGACCAAUUGUCGCUAAUGCCUUUAUUGAAUGACCUUGAAACAUGUGAACACUCUCCACACUUUGACCCGGGGGAACGGGUGGCCCAGUCGUCUAAGGUGCCCCGAUUCGCGUCCCUUGGGCUUGCCAGAAACCUAUGAUUGUGGGUUCGAAUCCCAGUUCGCCCCGAUUGUGUUUCUGGGUUUGUCAGCACCAUACCCGUGCUCGUGGGAUUCGCCAAUGUGGUACACGUCUGAGACUGUAUCACUUCAGGCUUUCCUCCCACAUACAGCUGAUACGCCGCAAUAUAAUUGUAAUACUGUUAAAAGUGGCGUUAAACCCAACUCACUCACUCACUCACUUUGAUCCACUUCAGUUCCAGGUCACUUUGUUUCCUGCUCAUCACCCUUGUCCCAUGAGGCUCGGUCUAAGGGACCACAAUGUGUUGUGCAAUUUGAGUUACAUCCCUUAGCUGCGCCUGGAUCAUGGUCAUGAAUCCCAGGUUGGUCUGUCAGGACAAAAUCAGUGCUUUCAGUUUAGAACAGUUUUUGGCAGAAGUGGUAAACAUUGUUUACCUGUGUCACUAAUGACAUUCUUUGCACAGGAAACUGACACACUAUGAUAGAGCUUAUAUACGGUUCAAAAUAGUGCUAGGCCCAUGUCACAGGUGCUUCCUUGUUUUGUCCAAGCAAUGGUCAAAACACAAACAGCCAUGUUGAUACGAGUUAUGCCCCUCACCUGUCCUCCAGCAGUGUCUGUACAAAGAGGAGAUAUGAUAAGGUCUCUGUAGCAAAUAAGUACUUUUUAGGCAGUGUUUCAGUCAUGAAAAAAUAAUUUAAAGUUUUGUUGAUUUUGAGAAUGCUGAAUGUAGAAUGUGUUAUUUUUUCAUGACAAAGAGUAUAUUUUCAAGUUAUUCUGUCAAUUAUAUAUGGAAUUUUAGAAUGAUAUCUGUGUUGUUUUGUUUGAGUUUUGUUAUUUUAGCAACUAAAUGCAGACCAUCUGACCAACUUCCUACUUGGUAGGAUUGAAAAUAUAUUUCUCAUGAUUAUAUAGGAGUUUGUUUUCUCCACCAAAUAAAGUGUCAUAUGAUCUGUUCAUACUGUUUCCUGAAUCCACAGCAUAUAUUGUUAAUUGUGAAUCUCUAAUGAUUUUCAUCAUGGCAUGUUUUCUAUAUUCUGGUCAGAGGAUUAAAAUCUGUAUGGGGAAA